GAAUUUAUUUAUUAAUUCGUUAUAAUUUAAUUUAUAUAAGAGAUUUUAGGAGUUUAUAUCUUUAUAUAUGUAUGUUAACUAUAAUAUUUGCAAGAUUAUUUUGUAAUUAUGAAUAUGAUUUAAAAAGGAUUAUUGCUUUAUCAACUUUAAGACAAUUAGGAUUAAUAAUAAGAUUUUUAUUUAUUGGAAAUAGAGUUCUUACUUUUUUUCAUUUAGUUAUACAUGCUAUAUUUAAAGCUUUAUUAUUUAUGUGUGCUGGUUAUAUUAUUCAUAAAUUAAAAUAUCAAGAUAUUCGAAUAAUGGGAUGUCUUGGAAGGAUUUCUCCAUAUGUAAUGAGAUGUUAUAUAAUUUCUAAUUUUUCUUUAUGUGGAUUAACUUUUUUGUCAGGAUUUUUUUCUAAGGAUAUAAUUUUACAGUAUUUAUUAAUGGAAAAUUUGAAUAUAACUGUUAUUUUGAUUUUUUUUAUUUCAAGAGGUUUAACUGUGUCUUAUACAAUACGAAUAUUAUAUUAUUGUGUAAAUGAUGAAACUAAGAGAGAUUUAUUACCUUUAUCAAAGGAUACAUUAGGAUUAAUGUCUUAUUCAAUAUUAAUAUUAACUUUGUGUAGAGUUAUAAUGGGUAAAUAUUAUUAUAUAAUAAUAAUAUUUGGGGUAUAUAUUUAUAUUAGAUCUAUGAUAAUAAUUAUUAUUUAUCCUAUAAUGUUUAUUGGUGGUUUAAUGGGUUAUUAUGUAUUUAAUUAUAAUUUUUCUUAUUUUGGGGUAAUAUAUUAUUUUUCUAGUUAUUUGGGUUCUAUAUCUUAUAUGUUAAAUAUAGCUAUUUUUUUCAAUAAAAUUAUUUAUUAUUUGGGGGGAUUAAUAAGACUUAAGAUGGAUAAAGGUUAUAUAGAAAUAUAUGGUUCAAAUGUUAAUAUUAAAUAA